GAUUCGUACUAUCAAAUUUACAUUAUUUGAAGAAGUAAUGAAUAAUGUGAAUUAAAAUUGGUUACCUAUCUCAUGGUGAUUAUCAUUGUGGCAUGACACAUUUAGUCAACGUAUACGUCAGUCAAUCGGAUGUGACCAAAUUUAAGAGCAUACCAUUUGAUGAUCCCGACAGAGACGAGCGCAUUCAGACUGCACAACCCUCAAACGAAGCAACAAGAUAUUGCCCAAAUCAAGCAUCUAAAAUGCCCUAUCAUCAAGCUGAUUAGAAACCAGAUGGAAUUAGCCGAAAGACAAUUUUGCGAAGCGUACAGUAGAUGCCAAAAGAAAAAGAGUUUAAGGUACCGAUUAUGGGAAAAUAGAUGGUCAUUGCUUAAGUGGAUUAUGGUGCUGCUGAUGAUGGUUAGUCUUUUCGUAUACGGAGCGCUGAUUGGCGCUGGUCUUUGUGCUUGCAGCGUAGCCCGCCAUAACUUGCCCUGCGCGAAGACAUUGUCCUUUCUGCCGGGGUUUCAAAUUGCUAGCAGACAUUCGUAUAUUUAUUAGUUUUACAUAUAUACAGCAAUAUAUUUUCAGUUAUUCUAAGCAGCGGCAGGUAAAAUAUAUUUUUUGAGAAGAUUUUCCCAUACCAGUAACAGUAUAACUGCAACCCAUUACGAGCUUCA